AUGGAGAACGGAGCCGCAUCAGAAGGCAAGGAUCCUUCCACCUUCCUUGGUGAGAUCACUGGAGCUCCAGUGACUGUGAAGCUCAACUCGGGCGUCGUUUACCAAGGUGAACUUCAAUCUGUCGACGGUUACAUGAACAUCGCAUUGGAGAAAACAGAGGAGUACGUUAAUGGACAAUUAAGGCGAUCCUACGGCGACGCCUUCGUGCGUGGAAACAAUGGUAUGGACGACAAUCCUUGA